GAUUUGGUGCGAGCUCAUUGUCAAUUCUUCUCUUGUUAUUAGAUCCCAAAACCAGAAACGAGUCCACAGAGAGACAGAGAGAGGAGGAGAGAGAGAGCAUAUCUGGAUCUAGAUCAUCAUCAUCUUCUUCUUGUGUGGCUCUGGUAAAUGCGACCAUGACGGUUCGACGAACUCCUCUCGCAAGUCAUGUAUGGUUUUCGGUGUCUCUUCUUCUCUUCUUCAUCCAUGCUCACUCCUUCUACCUCCCCGGUGUUGCUCCCGAAGAUUUUCACAAGGGGGAUCCUUUGACGGUUAAAGUGAACAAACUGACUUCUAUAAAGACGCAGCUUCCGUACUCAUUCUAUUCUCUUCCUUACUGCAAGCCAGAGAAAAUAGUUGAUAGUGCAGAAAAUCUCGGUGAAGUUCUUCGUGGUGACCGUAUUGAAAACUCUCCUUAUGUGUUCAACAUGCGAGAACCUCAAAUGUGCAAUGUUGUCUGUCGCGUAACACUUAAUGCGAAAACUGCAAAGGAAUUUAAGGAAAAGAUAGAUGAUGAAUAUCGGGUGAACAUGAUUUUGGAUAACCUUCCUCUGGUUGUUCCAAUACGAAGGCUGGAUCAGGAAUCUGUCAUUGUGUAUCAACAUGGCUUUCAUGUAGGUCUAAAAGGACUAUAUGCUGGAACCAAGGAGGAAAAGUAUUUCAUCCAUAACCACUUAUCAUUCACGGUGAAGUUUCACAAGGACCCACUUACAGAAUCCUCAAGGAUUGUAGGAUUUGAAGUUAAACCAUUCAGUAUCAAACAUGAAUAUGAAGGUCAAUGGAGUGACAAGACUCGUUUAACAACCUGUGAUCCCCAUGCAAAACGUACAGUUACCAACUCAGAUACUCCUCAAGAGGUUGAUGAUAAGAAGGAAAUUAUCUUCACAUAUGAUGUUGAGUAUCAAGAGAGCGAUGUGAAGUGGGCAUAUAGAUGGGAUACCUAUCUUCUGAUGGCUGAUGACCAAAUUCACUGGUUUUCAAUUGUCAAUUCAUUGAUGAUUGUUCUUUUUCUCUCGGGCAUGGUGGCCAUGAUCAUGCUACGGACACUGUAUCGCGAUAUAUCCAAGUACAAUCAAUUGGAAACCCAGGAAGAAGCCCAAGAAGAGACGGGAUGGAAACUGGUUCACGGAGAUGUUUUCAGACCACCUACAAAAUCAGAUCUCCUCUGUGUUUACGUUGGAACAGGUGUUCAGUUUUUUGGAAUGAUACUUGUCACCAUGAUCUUUGCUGUCCUUGGAUUUCUUUCUCCUUCAAAUAGAGGUGGUUUGAUGACAGCCAUGCUUCUGCUGUGGGUCUUCAUGGGUGUUUUCGCUGGAUACUCUUCUGCUCGGCUCUACAAGGUGUUUAAAGGAACCGAAUGGAAGAAGAUCUCUCUCAGAACAGCUUUGAUGUUCCCUGCAACAAACUUUGCCAUCUUCUUUGUCUUAAAUGCUCUAAUUUGGGGUCAGAAAUCGUCAGGGGCUGUACCAUUUGGAACCAUGUUUGUACUGGUUGUUUUAUGGUUCGGAAUCUCUGUUCCUCUUGUUUUUGUGGGUGGUUAUGUCGGUUUUAGGAAGCCAGCACUGGAAGAUCCUGUGAAAACCAACAAAAUUCCGAGGCAGAUACCCGAACAGGCCUGGUACAUGAACCCGGUCUUCUCUGUCCUUAUUGGUGGUAUACUCCCAUUUGGAGCUGUGUUUAUCGAGCUCUUUUUCAUCCUUACCUCGAUUUGGUUACAGCAAUUCUAUUACAUUUUUGGUUUCCUCUUCAUUGUCUUCAUCAUCCUACUCAUCACUUGUGCCGAGAUCACAAUUGUGCUAUGCUAUUUCCAACUGUGCAGUGAGGACUACCUUUGGUGGUGGAGGUCAUACCUUACUUCUGGAUCCUCAGCGCUCUACCUCUUCCUUUACGCUGCCUUCUAUUUCUUCACAAAGCUCGAGAUUACAAAGCCAGUUUCUGGGGUCUUGUACUUUGGUUACAUGCUGAUUGUGUCCUACGCGUUCUUUGUGCUCACUGGUACAAUCGGUUUCUAUGCAUGUUUCUGGUUUACGAGGCUCAUCUACUCGUCAGUGAAGAUUGAUUGAGCGAUACAACCUGAAUAUCAUUGGUUGAUUUGCAUCAUCUUGACGAAUCAUCUAUCACCUUGUGUUGAUCGCGGGAAUGCAAGGAUGAAUGCAAGGAUAUUCGACACCCCAGAGUUACCUGUGGAUUUCAGUUUUAAAUCUUAUAUCAUAGAAAUUAUUUUUUCUUUUUUCUUUUUUUUUUUAAAUUUUAUUUUCUCGUAGUUUAUAUUUUUGGUUUAUUUACUGUUUUUCUUUUUUCUUUGCCAGUUGUCAUGUAUUGAGACAUUUUGAGAGGAUGGUGAAGCAAUUUCCCUGUCCUCUAUGACUGCAUACUUUAGAAAUGAUCAAAGGAAUUCUUGUAUUAUCAAA